AUGACUCUAGAAACACCCUCGCCGAAUGAAACGUCACAUCCUUCGCAAGAUUACGUUCUAGUAACUGGUGGUGCAGGAUACAUUGGGUCUCAUGCUGUAUUUGACCUGAUCGAAAAUGGCUACAAGUGUGUGGUGGUCGAUAAUCUCAGCAAUUCAUGCUACGAACCCAUAGCCAGGAUCCAGGUUCUCACAAAGAAAGAGAUACCUUUCUUUAAAGUUGACCUGGUGGAUCGCGUGGCACUGGAGAGUGUGUUUGAACAAUACCCAAUUGAUUCUGUAAUUCACUUUGCAGGAUUAAAGGCUGUCGGUGAGUCCAUGCAAGAACCGUUAAGCUAUUACCAUAAUAACAUCACGGGUACCUUGGUUUUGCUGGAAACCAUGCAGAAAUAUGGUACCAACAAAUUAGUAUUCUCGUCCUCGGCAACUGUUUAUGGCGAUGCUACCAGGUUUCCGGACAUGAUUCCUAUCCCCGAAGAAUGCCCCACAGGACCAACGAAUCCCUACGGAAAGACAAAGCUGGCAAUUGAGGGAAUCCUUGAGGAUCUCUAUAACAGUGAACCGAAUCGUUGGAAAUUUGCAAUUUUGAGGUACUUCAAUCCAAUAGGUGCGCAUCCGUCUGGUUUCAUAGGGGAAGAUCCGUUGGGAAUUCCUAACAACUUACUACCUUUUAUGUCCCAAGUUGCUGUGAAGCGGAGACAAAAACUAUUAGUUUUUGGGAACGACUACGAUUCCCACGAUGGUACACCGAUUCGGGACUACAUUCACGUUGUCGACCUCGUGCGCGGCCACAUUGCCUCUCUCAGAAAGUUGGAAACAGUUCAAAAUUCAAAAGGCAUUUGCAGAGCUUGGAAUCUUGGUACUGGAAAGGGGACUACGGUUUUGGAAAUGUAUAAGGCGUUUUCAUUGGCAUGUAAAAUUGAGCUGCCAUGUCAAAUUGUUGGUCGCAGAUCAGGUGACGUUCUCAAUUUAACCGCCAAGCCCGACAGAGCCACCAAGGAGCUCAACUGGAAGACUACCAGGAAUGUUGCCGACGCAUGCAAAGACCUUUGGACUUGGACAACUCGUAAUCCUUUCGGAUACAACGUUCGGGGGACUAUCAGCAGGUUUUUUGGGAAGGACGACGAUUAUCGUUCUCGCUUGGUUACAAUCGGAAAGGGUUCAGGGUUUGAACUUUCCUUCGCUAACAUGGGGGCCACACUUGUAGAUCUCGUUGUAGAUGGAAAGUCAGUUGUUCUGUCAUUGGAUAAUGAGAGCGAGUACUCUGACAGUUCGAAUCCUUACUUAGGAGCUACUAUUGGUCGCUAUGCUAACAAUAUAUCUGAUGGGAAAUUCAUGGUGCAAGGUAAAGAAUAUCGCCUUGGUCUUAACAAAGAAAAUGCAGCCGUGCAUAGCUCUACACAUUCAUUUCACACGCAAAAGUUCUUGGGACCUUUGGUGUAUCAACCCAGCAAAGAUGAGUAUCUUGUCAAGUUUGUGGUGGUAGAUGCCAAUGACGGUUUUCCAGGGACUGUGGAAGUCAGUGUAAUUUACCAUAUUAAUGUUAGGGUUCACACGCUAUCAAUCGAAUAUGAAGGACAUUUGGUAGAAGGGGAGGCCACCGUCAUCAAUCUAACAAAUCAUUCUUACUUCAAUCUGAAUCAGUUCAAAGCGACGAACUGUGACGAAACUCAAUUCGAGAUACUUUCAAAAGGUAUUGUCGAACUUGAUAAGGGCGGCCGACCAAGUGGAAGAGUCGCUAGACCGCCGAUGCCGUCGAAUUUCACGAUGCAUUCAAAAGAGGAUAAAUUCGAUACCUGUUUCGUCACAGGGUCCAGCGCCAGUAUCGACACGCGCUCCAAUGAAGCAUGCACUGUACUCACAGCACAACACUUGGAGUCAAAUCUGAAGUUGACCAUUCUGACUACCGAACCGACCUUUCAGUUUUACACCAAUGGCCCAGGUGCUGUGGGUCGUUACAGCGAGAGGUACGGGUUCUGUUGCGAGCCCGGGAGGUAUAUUAAUGCUUUGAAUGUGCCGCAGUGGGCUGACACUGUGCGUUUAAACAAAGGUGAGACGUAUGGAUCUCUUACGACAUACAAAUUUGAGACAAUCUCAUAG